AUGGAUACCACACUACUCCUCAACACAUUCAUACUCCUAACACUAACAAUUAUCCUAACCCCAAUACUCCUUCCCCUACUAUCAAACAACCUAAAAAACUCCCCUGCCACUAUCACACAAGCCGUCAAAAUCGCUUUCCUAACAAGCCUCGUACCAACAACACUAUUCAUGUACUCAGGCAUAGAGAACAUCAUCUCCCACUGAGAAUGAAAAUUUAUCAUAAACUUCAAAAUCCCCCUGAGCUUUAAAAUAGAUCAGUACUCAAUAAUAUUCCUCCCUAUCGCACUAUUUGUUACAUGAUCCAUCCUCCAAUUUGCAACAUGAUACAUAGCCUCAGAACCGUACAUUUCAAAAUUCUUCUCAUACCUACUUACCUUCCUAAUCGCUAUAUUAACCCUAACCAUUGCCAACAACAUAUUUCUAUUAUUCAUUGGCUGAGAAGGCGUAGGGAUCAUAUCCUUCCUCCUCAUUGGCUGAUGACAUGGACGAGCAGAAGCCAACACAGCCGCCCUUCAAGCCGUACUCUACAAUCGAAUCGGAGACAUUGGCCUCAUCCUCAGCAUAGCAUGACUCGCCUCAACCAUAAACACCUGAGAAAUCCACCAAACCCCCUCCUUAACACAAACCCCUACACUACCCCUACUAGGACUAAUUUUAGCAGCCACCGGAAAAUCAGCCCAAUUUGGCCUCCACCCCUGACUCCCCGCUGCCAUAGAAGGCCCAACCCCCGUCUCCGCCCUACUCCACUCUAGCACAAUAGUAGUCGCCGGAAUCUUCCUACUUAUCCGCACUCACCCAAUAUUAACCAACAAUCAAACCGCCCUCACCAUCUGUCUAUGCCUAGGCGCCCUAUCUACAUUAUUCGCCGCUACCUGCGCCCUCACACAAAAUGAUAUCAAAAAAAUCAUCGCCUUCUCCACAUCAAGCCAACUAGGACUAAUAAUAGUCGCCAUUGGCCUAGACCUUCCACAACUAGCAUUUCUCCACAUUUCAACCCAUGCUUUCUUCAAAGCCAUACUAUUCUUAUGCUCCGGAUCAAUCAUCCACAAUCUUGCCGGAGAACAAGACAUCCGAAAAAUAGGAGGCCUACAAAAAUCACUCCCCAUUACCACUUCUUGCUUAACUAUCGGCAACCUCGCACUAAUGGGCACUCCCUUCCUGGCAGGAUUCUACUCAAAAGAUCUCAUCAUCGAAAACCUUAACACAUCCUACCUAAACACCUGAGCCCUCCUCCUUACACUCCUAGCCACAACAUUCACCGCAACCUACAGUCUCCGAAUAACUCUACUAGUACAAACAGGCUCCACCCGCACAUCCACAAUCUCCGCAAUAAACGAAAACGACCCCACAAUUACCUCCCCCAUCCUUCGUCUAGCCCUAGGUAGCAUCCUCGCUGGCCUCCUAAUCACAUCCUACCUCCCACCCACAAAAACUCCACCAAUAACCAUACCAAUCUUAACAAAAACCGCUGCCAUUAUCGUCACAGCCCUAGGCAUUAUCCUCGCUCUCGAACUAUCAAACAUAACCACCACCCUAACCUACCCAAAACCAAACCCCUACCUAAACUUCUCAUCAACAUUAGGGUACUUCAAUCCCCUAACCCACCGCCUUAGCUCUACUAACCUACUAAAUAGCGGACAAAAAAUCGCCUCACACCUAAUCGACCUAUCAUGAUAUAAAAAAAUAGGCCCAGAAGGACUCGCUGACAUACAACUCAUAGCAACCAAAACCUCAACCACCCUCCACUCAGGACUAAUCAAAACCUACCUAGGUUCCUUCGCCUUAUCAAUCCUUAUCGCCCUACUACUAAUUUAA